CCCUAUUGCUACUACUCAUUUUUGUUGAAAUUUCUCCCCUUGUGACAUUUCCAUGUCUAUCGCUUUAUAAUCCUCCGGGUUCUGACAUCUUCUCCAUUUCCAGAUAGAAACGAAAACGAAGAAAAUUUUCCCUUGAUUCCCUGGCAAAAAAGUAGCACAACCCAGUUCCGGGAAAUGGAUCCUGACGACGACGGAGGCACGUCUGAUCUUAGCACGAGUGCUGGAGAACCUAACACCGCCACAGCCACCGCUGCGAACAACAAAAACAACGAUAAAAAUUGUGAAAACUCAGCGUUUCCGGUGAUGCCAUUAAAAGAAGAGCCGACAGAAACCGACCCGGACCGUAAGACCCAUCCUUCGCCGCCUGUUGGGGUGGUCCCAGUUGCCAUGCAGAUUCAGCAGAUGCCAAUGCAAAUCCCUGCUAUGCCCAUGCCUGUAACCACCGCUAAACGCUCCUCCACCAAGGACCGUCACACGAAAGUCGAAGGCCGCGGUCGAAGAAUCCGAAUACCCGCCACUUGCGCCGCCAGGAUCUUCCAGCUGACUCGUGAACUAGGCCAUAAAUCAGAUGGAGAAACCGUCAGGUGGCUCCUCGAACAUGCUGAACAAGCCAUCAUCGAAGCUACCGGUACCGGCACCGUCCCUGCCAUCGCUGUAUCCGUCGGCGGUACCCUCAAGAUUCCCACUACGUCCAGUGCGAACACUUCCAACAACAACAACAGUAAUAAUAAUAACCAAAUAGAUGACGGUGCCACAAAGAAACGAAAGCGCCCGGCGAACAGCGAGUUUUGCGAUAUAAGCGACGGAAUUCCAUUUGCAGUUUCGCAAAAUCAGCAACAGUUAGUCACGCAAGCCUCAGGGCUGGCACCAGUUACUCCGCAGGGGGUGGUGCCAGUAUGGGCUGUUGGAAAUACUGGAAUGAUGGUACCAGCAAAUGCGUUUUGGAUGAUCCCGCAGCCCGCUGCAACGGCUGCUGGUAAUGGGCUUACUAAUCAGCAGCCGUCGCCACAGAUAUGGACUCUAUCACCCUCUUUGACACCGGUUUUUAACGUGGCUGCAAGGCCCAUAUCUUCAUUCGUUGCGACGACAAAUCAAGUUCAAGCAGUUGUGGGCAACGGUUUGUCAACUUUGGCUGUGAAUACAAGCAGUACAGCAGUGGGGGCGACGGUGUCAAAGAAGUCAACCAUGGCGCCAAGCGUCAGUUCGGGUGGUAGUGGUAGCGGGAGCACUGGGGGUAAGCCUCAGCUGCUUAGGGAUUUUUCAUUGGAGAUCUAUGAUAAACAAGAGUUGCAAUUCAUGGGGCGGUCAGGGAAUCAUCAUCAGCAGAUGCAAGCUUCUAAGCAGUAAAAUUUUGGAGUUGAAACGUUAAAAUUAAUCCAUUGAAAUAAGAAUAAUGAAAAAACAAAAGAAAGAAAAGAGUAUAGCUUUAGAGUUUGUGCUUAUUUGUCAUCUGUGUUUCAUAUUGAUAGUUAGUGUUUUACCAGAAUUUGUUCAUCUUGCAAAGUUGCAAAAUGCAAAGCAUACAGUUCCUCAUGAACAGCAUUUGUUCA